UCAGCUGAUUAAUUAUCGUCUGCUGCGAACUCAAAGCAUCACUGAACCUGCAGGAUUUCCAGAAACAGGUAAAGCGGCUGCGGCGCCAUGGCUCAGCUGGAACAAUGGGUCAACGACCGUCUGCACGACAUCCUGGGUCUGAGCGACCGCUACGUCUCCCAGUUCAUGAUCGGCAUCGCUCGCAAAGCGUCCAGCCCAGAGGACCUGGUGAGCCGCCUGGAGCAGACGGGGACCAUAGACAUUGACCAGAGUGUCACCGCCUUCGCCAAGGAGCUGUUUGAGAAGAUUCCUCGCCAGCAGGUGGUGGAGAAGCCGUCUAAAGCGGUGGAGCGGAUGGCCAUAGAGAUGGAGAGGAAGAAUCGGACAUACACGCUGCUGGAGGACAGCGACAGCGGAGAAGAGGAGGCCAGGGACAGACCGGCGGGGAAGAAGAAGAAGAGCAAGGAGGAGAAGAGAGGAAGCAAGAGGAAGAACAUCAGACAGAAGAAAGGAAGCGAGUCGAGCGACGAUGAAACUGAGAGGAGGGGCCUUUCUGUCCAAGACGAACGCCGAUCCAUGAAGGAGGAGGAGGAGGAGGAGGAGGAGUGGGAGAAGGAGGAGAGGGAGCGGCAGCAGGACAUAAAGGCCAGAGACGAAUUCGCUCAGAGAGUGAGGGAGAAGGACAAGGAGAAGACCCGGAACAUCGCCGAGCGGACGGAUAAGAAGGCUUAUGAAGAAGCUCAGAAACGGCUGAAGAUGGCUGAAGAUGACCAGAAGAACAUGGUCCCGGAGCUGAGAAAGCGUUCCCGCUGGGAAUACCUGAAGAAGAGAGAGGCAGAGAAGCUGGAGGACCUGGAGGCGGAGAUCCUGGAUGAGGAGUACCUGUUCUCCACAGAGGAGCUGACAGAGAAGGAAAGGAAAGACCUGGAGUACAAGCGGACGCUCCGAGAUCUGGCCAAGGAUUACAAGAAGGCCGGAGCCAAGGAGCAGGAGGAGAGGAAGAACAGGUACUACAUGCCGGAGGAGAAGAGGAGCAAGGAGGUUCCUCAGAGGGAGCUGGAGCUGGAGGAAACCCCCAUGGAGCUGGGAGGAGAACAGGGCCGCUGGGAGGAGGAGAGGCUGAAGACGGCCUCCCUCAGCUUCGGAGCCAAGAAGGAGCGAGAGCUGGGUCUGAAGGAGGAGCAGGAGAGGUACCAGCUGAUCCUGGAGGAGGAGGAGAUGAUCGACUUCGUCAGCACAGCCAUCACCAUGAAGGGAACGCGCUCCGACAAGGAGGAGGAGCAGCAGGCGCUGUCUCAGGCCGAGCUGAAGAAGCGCUCCAUGCAGGAGGUCCGCCGCAGCCUGCCCAUCUUCCCCUACAGAGACGACCUGCUGGCUGCCAUCCAUGAGCACCAGAUCCUGGUCAUCGAGGGCGAGACUGGCUCAGGGAAGACCACCCAGAUCCCUCAGUACCUCCUGGAAGACGGCUACACCAAAGGAGGGAUGAAGAUCGGCUGCACUCAGCCUCGCAGGGUGGCCGCCAUGUCUGUGGCGGCCCGGGUGGCAGAGGAGAUGAGCGUGAAGCUUGGCAACGAGGUGGGGUACAGCAUUCGCUUUGAGGACUGCACCUCUGAGCGGACCGUCCUGAAGUACAUGACGGACGGGAUGCUGCUGAGAGAGUUCCUGACAGAACCGGACCUGGCCUCCUACAGUGUGAUCAUCAUAGACGAAGCCCACGAGCGAACGCUCCACACAGACAUCCUGUUCGGCCUCAUCAAAGACAUCGCCAGGUUCCGACCCGACCUGAAGGUUCUGGUAGCGAGCGCCACGUUGGACACGGAGCGCUUUUCCUGCUUCUUCGAUGACGCCCCUGUUUUCAGGAUCCCUGGCAGGAGGUUCCCCGUCGACAUCUUCUACACUAAAGCUCCAGAGGCGGACUACCUGGAUGCAUGUGUGGUUUCAGUGCUGCAGAUCCACGUCACUCAGCCUCCAGGAGACGUUCUGGUCUUCCUCACCGGACAGGAGGAGAUCGAGGCGUGCUGCGAGAUGCUGCAGGAGAGGUGCAGGCGGCUGGGGUCCAAGAUCGCCGAGCUGGUCGUCCUCCCCAUCUACGCCAACCUGCCGUCAGACAUGCAGGCCAAGAUCUUCAGCCCGACUCCCCCUGGAGCCCGGAAGGUGGUGGUGGCCACCAACAUCGCAGAAACCUCGCUGACCAUCGACGGCAUCAUCUACGUCAUCGACCCCGGCUUCUGCAAGCAGAAGAGCUACAACGCCCGCACCGGCAUGGAGUCGCUGAUCGUCACGCCCUGCUCACGGGCCUCAGCCAAUCAGAGAGCGGGACGAGCAGGCAGAGUGGCUGCUGGGAAAUGUUUCCGCCUCUACACGGCCUGGGCCUUCAAGCACGAGAUGGAGGAGACCACUGUUCCCGAGAUCCAGAGGACCAACCUGGGGAAUGUGGUGCUGCUGCUGAAGAGCUUAGCUGCCACUAUGAGGAUAGAUGUUCUUAGGCUCCUUGUUUGGGGUCGGCCGGGGGGCAUGUUCCUCCAGCUGGCAGGAGGAGGGAGGAGUUUCUUAAGGGCUCCAUGGUUGGGGCGACGGAUGGCUGAGCUGCCGGUGGACCCCAUGCUGAGUAAAAUGAUCCUGGCCUCUGAGCAGUAUAAAUGCUCAGAGGAGGUGCUGACCAUCGCCGCCAUGCUGUCCGUCAACAACUCCAUUUUCUACCGACCCAAAGACAAGGUGGUGCACGCCGACAACGCCCGGAUGAACUUCGUGGUACCGGGGGGGGACCACCUGGUUCUGCUCAACGUCUACACGCAGUGGGUGGAGAGCGGCUUUUCCACGCAGUGGUGCUACGAGAACUUCAUCCAGUUCCGCUCCAUGAGGAGAGCGCGGGAUGUCCGGGACCAGCUGGAGGGGCUGAUGGAGCGCAUCGAGGUGGAGGUGGUCAGCUGCGACGGGGACAACGUCCCCAUCCGGAAGGCGGUGACGGCCGGGUAUUUCUACCACACGGCGCGGCUCAGCAAAGGCGGCUAUAAGACGGUGAAGCACCAGCAGACGGUGUACGUCCACCCAAACAGCUCGCUGUUCGAGGAGCAGCCGCGCUGGCUCAUCUACCACGAGCUGGUCUUCACCACCAAGGAGUUCAUGAGACAGGUGAUUGAGAUCGACAGCGGCUGGCUGCUGGAGGUGGCGCCGCACUACUACAAGAACAAGGAGCUGGAGGACAGCAGCAGCAAGAAGAUGCCCCGAAAACAGGGCAAGACCAGGGAGGAGCUGGGCUGAGGACGGACCGGGCCCAGGACGGACCGGGCCCAGGACGGACCGGGC